AUGAGAGCAAAGCUGGAGGUCCUAGCCCUGGUCCUGGGCUUCAUCGGCCUGUUUGGGACAGUAGCUACCACUGCCAUGCCCAUGUGGAGGGUCUCCGCCUUCAUCGGGGCCAAUCUGAUCGUGAUGGAGGAACUCUGGGAGGGCUUGUGGAUGAACUGCUGGAGUCAGGCCGACAUCAAGUUGCAGUGCAAGGUGUAUGACUCAAUGCUAAUUCUCCCACCAGAGCUGCAAGCAGCCAGGGGGCUCAUGUGUGUCUCCAUAGUUCUGGUCGUCAUCUCCUUGUGCGUCACAGGAUGUGGGACCCAAAGGAGCAACUGUUGUGGUGACAACAUAAAGAGCAAAAACAUUACCCUGGUUUUUGGUGGGAGUUUGUAUCUGCUGUCCUGUUUGACCACACUCAUCCCUGUCAGCUGGGUGGGCCACACCGUCAUCAGAAAAUUCUAUAACCCGCUGGUGAUGGAUGCUGAGAAACGGGAGCUGGGGCCCGCCCUCUUCAUCGGCUGGGCCACUUGUGGUAUUUUGCUGAUCACCGGGAUCAUCAUUCUGUUCAGUUACAGCAAACGCAGAUCACAGGAGGCAGAGCCCUACGCUGAUGCGUAUCUUAUGGCGUUGGGGGAUGCCCGGAAAGAGGGUAGCGUCUACCUGGAGAGGACGCCAUCCAGCUUUCACAAGCAUCAAGAAUAUGUGUAA